ACUUUCAUCCCCACGUUUCUUCUUUUGGCAAAGACGAAAGUCUCAAACUCUCUCUUCCUCUCUCUCUCUCUCGGCCUCUCUCGACCUCUUACCCCAAAAAACCCAGAAAUCACCUCUUUUAAUGGAUACAUCGCCUCUACGAUCUCAUUCCUCCUCAUCUUCCAGACUUUUAUUGCUCUUCUUUUGUCGAUUUCGUGCUUCGAUUCCUUCUUCCUCUGCUUCAGAUCGUCUUCAUCCUUCCUCUACUUUUCAGUUUCUCUUAUAAGUCCUUUUCAAUCUUUUUCUUUUUGUUUUGUUUCAUUUUCUCUUAAUUUCCGCAAAGUAUUGAAUUAGCCGCACGACAACAUAAUCAUGGGGAGGAAAUCUCAGCGUAAUAAGAACGCGACCAUGUUUGAUAGUGAUGAUGAUACAAGUAGUGUAAGCUCUUCCUCCACCAUGCCAUCUGAGAGAGUGUUGAAUAAUGGCAUGGAUGAAGUCACUGUUCACAAAGAUGCUUUGUUGGAUCAAUCCCUUGAUGCUCUCUAUGAGAAAAGGAGUUCAACGAGAGAGCAAGCUCUGGCCUCCAUUGUUGAUGCAUUUAACAGCGACAUGCAGCUUGAGUUUGUGGAAAAUAAGUUUGCGACUUUAUUGCAUCAGUGUUUACACUGCAUCAAGAAAGGGUCUACUAAGGAGACCGCAUUAGCAUCGCAUGUUAUUGGAUUGCUAGCAUUAACUGUUGGUCUUGGGGAUCAAGCAAAAGAGAUUUUGGAAGAAUCUGUCACUCCUCUUUCUCAAGCCCUUAAAUCUGGUCGUGAAAUUUUGAAAAUAACCUCGAUACUCGAGUGUUUAGCAGUCAUAACCUUUGUUGGUGGGAAUGAUCCAGAGCAAACUGAGAAAUCAAUGCAAACAAUCUGGCAAAUGAUCCACCCCAAACUAGGCUCUAAUGUUGUGGCAACUAAACCUUCACCUGCUGUAAUAAGUGCUGUUGUCUCUUCCUGGGCGUUUCUGCUCACAACAGUUGAUCGCUGGACACUAGGUCCUAAAAUUUGGCAAGAGACCGUAGCUUAUCUCUCUACAUUGCUGGAAAAGGAUGACCGAUCUGUACGUAUAGCUGCUGGUGAAGCACUUGCGGUGAUAUUUGAGUUGGGAACCCUAGAGAAGUUUUCUGCCGAAGCCAAAGAGUCUGCUAAUGGAUCAGUGAAAGAAGGAAGUGUGUCUCAGGAGGCAUUGAUUCACAUGCAUGGCUUGAAAGCUAAAGUCACCAAACAAGUUAGAGAGCUAUCUGCAGAGGCAGGUGGUAAAGGUUCUGCUAAGAAAGAUCUCAACACCCAACGAUAUUUGUUCAAAGAUCUUGUUGAAUUUCUUGAGGACGGAUGUGCUCCAGAAACUUCAACAAAAGUGGGAGGAGACUAUUUACAGACAGCAACGUGGUAUCAAAUGAUACAGUUGAAUUAUUUGAAGCAUUUCCUUGGGGGUGGUUUUAUUAAACAUAUGCAGGAGAAUGAAUUCCUUCAUGAAGUAUUUAGUUUCACUCCAAAGAAGAUUGGUGGAGGAAAGAUGACUAAUGACGAAAAGAGGUUGUUUAAAUCACCAAAUUCAGCCCUCAACAAAGCAAGAACGCAGUUCCUGACCAAGCAGAGGAUGUUAGCUAAGAAUAUGAACGUUGGGCAUUAUGCAGCGACAGAAACGAUGGAGGAGGAAUGAUCUUUACAAUUGACUUUGAAGCUUUGCAAACUCAUCUGCUACUUUUGAAAAACUGUUGUUGUAUCAUUUACACGUUUUUGUUACAUGUUUUUGAUUGGUCCGAUCAUUAUUACACUUGAAACCUCUUUUCAUUUAUAACAAAUUUUCGUCUGUUGGGUGUUAUUCCUAUCAUUCAAAAGUCGGUAUGAUGUUAGAGAGCCA